AUGAUCUGCAUCGGCCCGGUUUGCUUGCCAGUUUGGCAGUUGGGCAUUGUUGGGGCCUUCCUGUUGAAGCCCUUGAAGGACACCGCAGUUUAUGUCUACAGUCGAUGCUGCAAGCACAGAGCACACUGCAUUUACCUGGGCGCACAGAAGUUGAGCGACGGACACUUGCAGCUGUUCCGGGAAUCUGAUACAGAUAUGAAGAUCAGAGGCGUCGAGCAGCCAGCGCACGUGCUGGCCGUACACUCGGACGACGAGCUGACUGCGCUGAGAGACCGCCUGAACGAGCCCAACCGCCAGAAUAUCCUUUUUGUUGACUUCGGAGCCACGUGGUGCCAGCCGUGCAAGGCGAUUUUCCCCUUUUUUGAGGCUCUUAGCGCAUUUUAUGAAGGAACGUUCGUGAAGGUCGAUGUCGACGAGUGCCCCGAGAGUGCAGACGAGGCAACGGUUCAGGCCCUUCCGACACUCUGUGUCAUGUCAUGUUCGGAGGGCAAGUGGGAAGUCAUAGCCCGAACUGUUGGCGCCAACAAGCGCGACUGGGAAAACCUCGUCGCGACCCACUCGCGGCCUCGUCACGGCAGCGGCCCAUCUCCACAAGAAGAGGGCGAGUCCGCCAAGGAUAGGUAG